AUGGCUUCACUUCUACGCACAGCAGGUCGCUUCAGACCCGCACUUAUCAACUCUAAUGCUCCGAGAGCUGUAAAGGUUGCGCCAGUUGCGCUGCGCAGACGAUAUGCGUCUGCUGCAGCGGCCGCUGUCAUGCCAGACGCCAGCGAGCAACCAUUCUUCCCAGAUGAGCCCGCUGGUCCUAUUGUUCAGACUCAGAUCCCCGGCCCAGAGAGCAAAAAGGCGGUGGAGAGAUUGAGCAAAGUCUUUGACACGCGAAGCUUGAACAUGAUGGCAGACUACUCGCGAAGCUAUGGGAACUACAUUGCUGACCUCGACGGAAAUGUCCUGCUUGACGUCUAUGCCCAAAUCGCCUCCAUCCCUGUAGGCUACAACAACCCAGCCCUGCUCCUCGCAGCCACAUCCCCCGAAAUGGCGUCCGCCAUAAUCAACCGACCCGCACUCGGAAACUUCCCGCAACACGACUGGGCCGACAUUCUCGAAUCUGGAAUCUUGUCUGUUGCACCUAAAGGACUCAACCAAGUCUUCACCGGCCAAUCCGGCUCCGACGCCAACGAGCUCGCGUAUAAGGCGGCAUUCAUGUGGCGCCGCCAGCAAGAGCGCGGCGGCGCAGACGUCGACUUCAGCGCCGCGGACAUUACCAGCAGCAUGGACAACAAGUCUCCCGGCGCGCCGGACCUGUCUAUCCUAUCUUUCAAAUCCGGCUUCCACGGCCGCCUGUUCGGCAGCUUAUCCACCACGCGCUCCAAGCCGAUUCACAAACUCGACAUCCCCGCCUUCGACUGGCCCCAGGCUCCCUUCCCCAUGCUCAAAUAUCCCCUCGAAGAGCAUGUGCGUGAGAAUGCGGAAGAAGAGAAGCGCUGUCUCGCCGAAACAGAACGCAUCCUCACAACCUUCCACCACCCCGUCGCCGCCAUCGUCGUCGAACCCAUCCAAUCCGAAGGCGGCGACAACCACGCCUCGGGCUCCUUCUUCCGCUCUCUCCGUGACAUGACCAAGCGCCUCAACAUCCUCAUGAUCGUCGACGAAGUGCAAACCGGCGUCGGCGCGACGGGCAAGUUCUGGGCGCACGAGCACUGGAACCUAUCCACCCCGCCAGACAUGGUGACGUUCAGCAAGAAAGCGCAGACCGCGGGGUAUUACUUUGGCAACAGCGAACUGCGGCCGAACAAGCCGUAUCGCCAGUUCAACACGUGGAUGGGGGAUCCGGCAAGGGCGAUUCUGAUGCGUGCGAUUAUCGGCGAGAUUGAGCGCUUGGAUUUGGUCAGGCAUACAGCGGCUACGGGAGACUACCUGUUUGAGGGAUUGCAGCGGUUGAGUCAGAAGUUCCCUAAUGACGUGCAGAAUCUGAGGGGCCAGGGGCAGGGCACAUUCAUUGCGUGGGACUGCCCGCGGCGCGAUGAGGUGUUGAAGAAGGCCAAGGCGCAUGGGGUGAAUAUCGGGGGCAGUGGGGAGAUGGCGGUCCGUCUGAGGCCGAUGCUGAUUUUCCAGAGACAUCAUGCGGAUAUGCUGUUGGAGCGGUUGGAGAGGAUAUUUGCUGCGUAG